CAUAAGCUCCGCCCAAAAGGGGCGCUGCCACUCGGAGGAGGCCGGCCGCACGGCGGCUGCUCAUUCAUUGUCUUGACAGAGCAUCCUCACCGGCCAGCCUGCAGCUCCUCUAUCCUCCUUUCCUUCCUCCUCCACUUGGGGGGGUCACGCUCAGCUCUCCUCAGCAGGAUGAGCCGGCAGGUGGUUCGCUCCAGCAAAUUCCGCCACGUGUUUGGACAGCCAGCCAAGGCUGACCAGUGCUAUGAGGAUGUACGCGUCUCACAGACCACCUGGGACAGUGGCUUCUGCGCUGUCAACCCCAAGUUCAUGGCUCUGAUCUGUGAGGCCAGUGGGGGAGGGGCCUUCCUGGUGCUACCCCUAGGCAAGACUGGACGCGUGGACAAGAACGUGCCCCUAGUUUGCGGCCACACUGCCCCUGUGUUAGACAUCGCCUGGUGCCCGCACAAUGACAAUGUCAUUGCCAGUGGCUCUGAGGACUGCACAGUUAUGGUGUGGGAGAUCCCUGAUGGGGGUCUGGUGAUGCCCCUGCGGGAGCCCGUCGUCACCCUGGAGGGUCACACCAAGCGGGUCGGCAUCGUGGCCUGGCACCCCACAGCCCAGAACGUACUGCUCAGUGCAGGUUGUGACAAUGUGAUCCUGGUGUGGGACGUGGGCACUGGGGCAUCUGUGCUGACCCUGGGCCCGGAUGUGCACCCGGACACAAUCUACAGUGUGGACUGGAGCCGGGACGGCGCACUCAUCUGUACCUCCUGCCGUGACAAGCGUGUUCGCAUCAUUGAACCUCGCAAAGGCACCGUGGUGGCUGAAAAGGACCGUCCUCAUGAGGGAACUCGGCCAGUGCACGCUGUGUUUGUGUCAGAAGGAAAAAUUCUAACCACUGGUUUCAGCCGCAUGAGUGAGCGGCAGGUGGCGCUGUGGGACACGAAGCACCUGGAGGAGCCACUGUCCCUGCAGGAGCUGGACACAAGCAGUGGAGUCCUGCUGCCUUUUUUUGACCCUGACACCAACAUUGUCUACCUCUGUGGCAAGGGUGACAGCUCUAUCCGGUAUUUUGAGAUCACUUCUGAGGCUCCCUUCCUGCACUAUCUUUCCAUGUUCAGUUCCAAGGAGUCUCAGCGUGGUAUGGGCUACAUGCCCAAACGUGGCCUGGAAGUGAAUAAGUGUGAGAUUGCCAGGUUCUAUAAGCUUCAUGAGCGGAAGUGUGAGCCCAUUGCCAUGACAGUGCCUAGGAAGUCGGACCUGUUCCAGGAGGACCUGUACCCACCCACUGCAGGACCUGACCCUGCCCUCACAGCUGAGGAGUGGCUGGGUGGUCGGGAUGCCGGGCCCCUCCUCAUUUCCCUCAAGGAUGGCUACGUGCCCCCAAAGAGCCGGGAGCUGAGAAUCAACAGGGGCCUGGACAGCGCUCGCAGAAGGGCUACACCAGAGGCCAGCGGCACUCCGGGCUUGGACGUUGUGUCACAGCUGGAGGAAGAGAUAAGGAAUCUAAAGGCCAUGAUGCAGAAGUUACAGGAGCGCUUGGACAGGCUGGAGGAGACUGUUCAGGCCAAGUAAAGGACCCCAGAGGCUUCAGCUGGGGUCAGCCAUUCACUCUGCCCCCACCCCAACCCUCAGGCCAUAUCGUGAAUAAGAUGAAAAUAAUAAAAUGGCUUUAUUUUCUGGUA